UUCUGUGCCCUUUCCAUGUUCCAGUCGCAUUUAUAUUUUGGUAGUGAACGACGAGAACACCAUGGAACCGUGGAUAAGAACGUUACUAAGUUUCCUUAUUAUUAGUGGUGGUACAUACGUAUGGGCAAAUUCGGGAGAAGUGAAAGACGCUAUAGUGAAUAACGUGACUAAAGACUGCUGUGAUCCCGAAAAGUACAAACAACUGCAGGAUCAGCUAGACAUUUUGGAAACCGCUGUACGAAACAUCGUCUCAGCAAUAGCGAGUCAAAAGAAAGGACCAUUUGCUCCCAUCAAUGCUAUUCUGGAACGUGAUCCAGCUUUAAAUGCCGUUCUCUCGCCACAGGAUAACGUGGGCGCUAAAAUUUCAAAAGAGUCGACUGUAUUACUGGGUGAGGCAAAACAGUCGGAAUUGGAAGGAAAUGCGACUAUCCAGCUAAAGAGGGCAUUAAAAUGUUCGUUGGCCCACUUGCUAGACGUUAACGUUUCAGAAACAACUACAAGCCCAUCCGGCAAAAUGAAAGCAGUCUUAAACAAGAACAACUCACUUGAAAUCGAAUGGGUUCCACCUUCGCUGGACUGCCUUAAAAUCAGUUCUGGCAUUUGGGUGAGAGUGUUUGAAUCAGGAAAUGAGCAGCCAAACGCUUCAACAACGGAAGCUUACAUAACUAUACCACAGAAAUGUUUGAAAAGAAGAGCCAACACUACGUACUCCUUUAUUCUUCAUGCCCCAUUGUCCGGCUUCAACGGGGAAAAACGUUGUCACUUCCAGCUCAAGAACGACUUGAUUCCGUGUCAGUCGUACAAUGUGGAAGUGGUUCCAAAUUACCAGUCGCUUAAGGGGAAGCUGUUAUCAACCAACAUCUUCGUUCCACCAAGAGGAGAUAGUUCAUCAAGUACGGAAUCGUUGAUUGGCGUUACCUCUCAUCCGGAUUCGUUAAUUUUCACAUGGAGGGACAACACUGGCUGUGCAUCCCAACUGACUGGCCUUAGUUUAAAGAUAUAUCCGGACGGCGACGAGGUUGCAAAAUUACCGAUCGAGAUUCCGCGCAGUUGUUUUGAAGACGUGGCGAAUGAGACGAACUCGUUCUCUGUCCACUUAUCCAGCAAUCAUUCAUGUCCGGUGAAAUGGGAGCCUUUGGAUGCAUGCCGAAGGUACAAACUUGAAAUACAAUCCUUGUAUUGGGAUGCUCAAACCAAAGCAAGUUUUUGGAGAGGCGCAUCGACAAUGUGGGAAACCUUUACUACCGAGCAAAGUUAUCGCACACUUGUGACAUCAACCACCUGCAAGAAGGACCAGUUUUACUGCGACGGGAAUUGCUAUGAAAAUAGCUGGAUUUGCGAUGGAACCGCCGAUUGUGCUUCUGGCAUUGAUGAACUGCAUUGUGAUACCGAGUGUCACGACGGAUUUCAAUGUGGUCCUCAAUGCGUUCCUCACGAACAAGUUUGCAACGGAGAAUAUGAUUGCCUUGACGGCUCUGAUGAGAUGAACAGCGCUUGUGAACAGAUGAUAGAACAUUCUUCCAUGUGUUAUCAAAUAAGAAAUGGCUCUGGCCAUUUAUCUUCUCAAGUAACGUUGCCGAAUGAUGCCGUGAGCAGCCGCAUUCGCUUUAACAGAGAAACACAUUGGUCGAAAUGGGUUUUCUUGAUAUCGGUGCAAAGUAACCAUCAGAUAUGGCUAAGUUUCAACAAAUUUCUCACUCCGGAGCACCAUACUUUGAAGGUUUACGAUGGGCUCUACUCCAACAGCCCACUUAUUAUGUCUCAUAGUGGAGCAACUAGACCUCCAUCAGUACGGUCCUCUUCCAAUCAUUUGUAUCUGGAGAUCCCCUCCUUUUACCACCAAAGCUAUGGAGUUGAAGUUUUCUAUACAAGCAUGGCCAGCACAGUGGAGCCGUUUAUUCCCGGAUGUGGAGGCUACGUCUAUCGCGAUGGUGUCAUCCCCUACCCAAAUUUCCUCUUGCUUGAUGCCGAGAUAACCGAAUGCGUUUGGUAUGUCGAAGCAGGCCAAAGCAACCGUGCCACUGCGCUAAAGCAAAAUUUCUUUCUAUCAAACGGGACGAAAUUAACAAGCAACAAAACCGAUAAUCAAAUGGAUCUUCAUUCCACGAUGAUUGUGAGCAACGGGUGGGACUCAUCCGGCAAAGUGUUGUAUGAUUCAAGGAUUGCCUCCGCCCUACAACCCAGGACUGUCACCUAUUCCAUUAGCCACAAAACAACAGUCCGGUUUGUCAGAUCGGAGAGCCAGACGAACAAAGAUCAGGAGAACUGGAAUCUUUCCCUGAACGUUUCCACAAUGCACAUACCCGAAUAUGCUGUGGUUGACAUGAAUGGAUUGUCAGGAACAAUUAAAAGUCCAUAUUUCCCGGUACUUCCGUACGAAGGCAAUUCCGACUACCGAUGGAACAUCCACGCCGAUUCGAAUUCGACGAUACGACUGCAGUUUGCUUUCUUCGAUACCCAAGAGGGGUCUGAUUACAUUUACGUGUACGAUGGACCUUCAGUGAAUUCCAGCCUAAUCCUGGAGAAAACGGGGACAGUGUCAGCGCCUUUUACAAUUCAUUCAUCCACGAACCAAAUACUUGUUCGAUUCGUAUCCGAUGAUGACUUCACGUUGCACUCCGGAUUUCUCGCUUUGUACUCGGCAGUUUGAAUCCUUGAAUUUUCAAAAGAAAAUCAGAUGGACUGGUUCUGAAAAUGUUCUGUUGCCUAAUAUACUUGCAGGUCGUCUGAAAUUUCUUGCACAAUAUGAAAGACUGACGAACUGAUUGUAAGGAAGCAUUGAAAAUUUGAAUGGCCUGUGAAUAAAACGCGCAGAAGA